AUGGCAUAUGACUAUAUUGGGAUCAAGGCAGAGAGUAUGCCUUUGAGUAUCCAGAGCAGUGAUAUAUGCUUGAAAAACUAUAAAGAGGCUUCUACAUUCCGCAUCAAUCCAUCUCAACUCAUCCACUCCAUCACCUUCUCAUCUCACACAACACCUUCAACAACAACUACCACACUCAGCAACAUGCAGUUCAAGCUCCUUCCUCUCCUCGCCCUCGCCGGCCUUACCACCGCCACUGGCUCUUGGCUCGGCAUGGAAAACCUCCCUGAUGGUCCCUACAAGGGUGUCAACCACGACGAUGGCUCUACCACCGUCACCAACCUGAAGACUGGCGAGUCCUUCGAGUUCGGACUCAGCAACGAGUCCGCUGCCAACGAAAAGCGAACUGUCGCUAUUGAGAAGCGCGAAACCUCAUGCUGGGGCUACGAGCUCGACCACGGUGGUGUGGACUCCGCUGUCGUGCAACUCAAGAACUGGGCUGGUUCGGGCCAAGACUUGGUUUCCCGCGAGAAGCCCACCUACUUCGGCUACAACGCCCGAGGCGUUUACGUCUACUACUGCAUCAACGCUCCCUGGAGUGGAGGCAACAUCGAUGUCAAUGAUAUCAACUAUGCUCUUGAGCAGAUGGACGGACAGUGCAAGCGAUAUGAGGCUGGUUUCUACCGAUGGGACGGCUCGGCUGAGCUUGUUGGCAAGGUCCGUUCUGGUACAGCUGUCUGCCUGGGUUAA